AUGCGAGCCAUCGCGAUCGUCGCCGCCUGCCUCGCCGCCGCCGCCCAUGGCCUGAGCUCACUGCCCAACUUUGACGGCCACUACAUCUACUGCUGGCGCACGAGCGAGUCGGUCAAGCUCACGAGUCUAAGCAGCGCCAUGAAGGAAGAGAUGGCCGAGGCGCUCAACUGCGGCCUCGAAAUGAGCUUCAAUGCGCCCGAGACGCUCACCGUCGGCGAAGGCUUGCCCGUGACGUGGUCCGUCUCGUACAACCCCAAGACGAUCUUGACCAACACCAUUGACUUGAAGCUGCCGUUCGCUGUCAUGCAGAGCCCGGCGUCGCGGGACGUGUACCAAAUUUACCACUCCAACAUCCACUCGUGCGAGUACGGCGACAACAUCUGCGAUGCGUACGACAAUGGCGUCUACGUCCGCGACCACACACCCAACAAGCUCGCCAACUUUAGCGCCAACUACUCGGCGACGUACGCGACGACUGAGCUCACGUUUCCGCGCGCCGGCAAGUUUAUCGUGUUUGCGCACAUUGCGCUGCCGGGUGCCAAUGCGUCCGAGCGCUUUGACUUUGCCGUCUACCGCACCAUCACCGUCGUCGAAGCGUCCAUGUCCGUGGGCUUGAUCGUCGGCCUUGCCGCCGGUGGCGUGGUGCUACUCGUCGCCAUCUUGUUUGGUGUCCGGCGCUAUCGUCGCCGCCUGCGGCCCAAAGCAACCGGUGAAACCUACUACACCCAAACCGCCGGCUGGGACGACACGCAGCUCUUGACGGUGCGCGACUCGGCAACCGAGACAGCCUUGGCCCAGUGGCGCCUUGACGAAACAGACGUCGAACGCACCAAGCUGCUCUCGCAAGGCGCGUUUGGUGAGGUGUGGCUCGGCACCUACCGCGGCACGCCCGUUGCGAUCAAGAAGCUCCUCCCUGGACGCUCGUCGCCGUCGGCCGUCCAAGAUUUCGCCAAGGAGAUCUUGCUCAUGACCACGUUCUCGUCGCCGUACAUUGUGACAUGCAUCGGUGUGAGCUGGUAUCGCCGCACCGAGCUCAUGCUGCUGGUCGAGUUUAUGGACAGCGGCGACCUGCGCACCAAGCUCGACGAGACGACGCCCGCUUCAUUCUCCAUUGCCGACAAGCUGUUGAUGGCGUCGCAGAUCGCCGAAGGGCUUGUCUACCUCCACUCACUCGAGACGCCUGUGAUCCACCGCGAUAUGAAGUCGCGCAAUGUGCUCCUUGACAGCACCAAGGGCACCAAGCUCACCGACUUUGGCGUCUCACGCGCCGCGACGUCGGAAACCAUGACGAUCGGCAUAGGCACCUACCGCUGGAUGGCACCGGAGAUUCUGACCGAGAACCACUACAGUGAGGCGGCGGACAUCUACUCGUUUGGCGUCAUUCUCUCCGAGUUGGACACGCACUUGCUGCCGUACAGCGACCAGACGAACCAAAAGGGCAACCCGAUCACAGACACUUCGAUCCUCGGGCUUGUCAUGCACGGUGCGUCGUCUCCACCUUGUACGUUUCAGAUGUGGACUCUUGCGUAA